ACCCAUAAGCCAUGACUGGAGGUGACGAAUCACCACCUCCACCACCUUCGAAAAUUAAGCCCAAUUACCAAUUGGUAAUUCAUGAAGAACGAAUUUGCCCAGCCACCAAAGAAUUCGUUGGAUUUUCUGGGCAUCAAAUUCCCGAUUCCUCGCAAUCUGCCGUGGUUGACUUCGCUGUGACCACCGGUCUAGAGGCGGCGCCAGCUUUAAAGCGUGGUCAAGGUCGGACCGCCGUUAAACCACCUUGCUCCAGGUACCGCCAUCCGGGACAUGAUGCAGCAAGCUUCUGGGCGGACACCAUCUGUUCGACCUGCAACAUGAAAGCGCACCCACAGUCCCAUUGUUUUGAUAUUGUGGGGAGGCCCAACAACAAAAGCAAGAAGCAAGGCCCAAGACGUGCAUAUAUGGCUGUCAGUCCGCCUAGUUCAUCCAUUUCAACAUUGGGAAAUCUCUUUACCCAAGAACAAUGGAAGGCCAUCAUGGGCCUCAUUGGUAAUUCUCAAAUCCCACAAAAUCGCGUCACCGGAUCAAAUGAAGGAGCUGAUUGGAACGGGAAUCGGGAGAGAUGGACUAUACUAUUUUAGCAAACCGACUUUUGUGUCACGCAUAGAAGCUACAUCAAAUUUAGAACUAUGGCAUCGACGUCUUGGUCAUCCGUCUGAAAAAAUAGUUAAGUUACUUCCUCAUGUUUGUGGUAACAAAUUUCAUUUAGAUAUCGGCUGUGAAGUAUGUAUGUAUGCUAAACAUCCGAGAGCCAAAUUUCCUUUGAGUGACAAUAAAGCCUCUAGAAUAUUUGAGAAAGUUCAUUGUGAUUUGUGGGGUCCAUAUCGACAUACUUCAUCAUGUGGAACUCGCUAUUUUUUAACUAUAGUUGAUGAUUUCUCAA